AUGCAGCCCGUGACGCGCACGCCGCCGGUGCCCGACAUAUCCCGCUGCAAACUCAAGCAGGUUGCUUGUUGGAUACGCGAUGAUCUCGACCUACUCGUUGCACGCGAAGGCCCCAACAGCCUCCAGCCAGACGACGUUUUGUUCCUCCACGAGCUCUUCGUCGCCCUCUGCCAAUCGACAACCAUCACGGCCCUGGACCUCCGCGCUACCGGCAUCCACAAGGCUGUAAAGGACAUCGCGGGAAUCGCUACGCGUUGGCCCGGACGGCUGUGUGAUGAUUGCGACAGGAUCAUCGUUGUCUGGACGAGCAAGUUUGGAAAGUUCGACAACCUCCAUCCGUUCUUGUGCGGAAGAGGCGGAAGACUAGAGGGCAUUGCCAGUGUGACGGAAUACACUCGACAGGCACUCCUCAAACGAUGGUCUGAGCACUGCCCCGAGAAGAUUCAUCCUAGCGUCGCCCACAGGCAUGGAGAUCUGGGUUUCAAGGCUGGAGACUGGUGGAUCAACCCUCUGUUUGCACACCAUGCAGGCAUCAUCGGGCUUGAGUCGGUCGCAGGCGGUACAACCUAUGACAAGAAUUCUGCCUACGCUCUCGUGUUGAAGGACACGGGCGAAAUGGACGCUACAUCGGAAAACGCCUUCUCCUACCGCUGUCCCAUCAACGACAAAGGAAAGUUUCGACUGACCGCCGCAACUCCGACAGCUCGUGACCCGAUACGCGUACUUCGCAGUCACAGUAUCAACAGUAUCUGGGGACCGAAGGCUGGGAUCAGAUAUGAGGGGCUAUUUUCAGUCAAGGGCUGGAGCGUUCGGCGAGCCAGGCUCAAGGACACCUUUUGCGGAGAAUGGAAGGAAGGAGACAUACUCUACGAAGUCAUGAUGCAGAGGAGGGAUCCUGUGCCAGUGGAAGAGGUAUCCAGACGGCCAACCAACAUGGAGGUUGACGACUAUGUCGAGUACAAACGAUUGCGAAAGCUUCACCGUGAGCACAAGCGCAAGGCGCCCGGAGAGCUGCUCAUGCCGCAGCAGCCUCUCAAAGCUGCUCCACCUAUACUACCACUCCCUGUAUCGAGCGGCUCGACCGCGGCGCCCCAGUCGAUGCUACGUGCGUCGCCAAGUGUCUCUCGCAAAGCCGCUUUCAAAGAACCAGUCUUUGAUCCACCCAUAAUGUCGCAAUGGGCAGACAGGCCACCGUCCACCGACGUCGUGUCUCCCAUGACCGUUCCAGGUCGCCAAGAAUCCUUCUUCCUCGCUAGGCCUGCUGUUGAAGACAAGCGCAGAUCCAGCCCAGCCACUUCAUUCGACACCGUUUCCCACGAAAAAGACACACAGAUGCUCGGCCCCAGCAUCGGCUCGCAGGCCAGCAGCCUUCGAUCAGGCCAAAGCGACCUCAAAGAAAUCAUACCAUGGAUCGAUCUAGAAGCAGACGUACCCGUACCCUCGCCCUCCAAUGCGCCGCCCGCGGCGAAAGAGAUGCCCCCCCAGGCAAUGGAAAGACCCGAGGCCAAGGCCGCUGCAAUGAACCCGGUGAAGAAGAUCAGGAAGUUGGCCAGAGACGCCGGACGACCGAGCGAGAUCAGCGCGCAGGGUCCUGAGGCCAGGAAAAAGAGCAACGCCGCCAACGAACGCGGUCUCAAGCUCCACCCCUCGAAGCCGAUAGUGGGCAGAAAGAGAGAAAAGCCCGCAGAGACGGAGAGGGGGGAAUCCGGGAUGAAGAAGCUGCUGGGAAGGAAACCAAGACUCUUUGAUGGCGCGGGGAUUAGUGCCCAUGAGGGGGCUGGGUCGCAGAGCACUCCCCACUUGCGCUCCACCUCGGCGAUACCACUGCACUCCCCAACCCCCACCAGACGUCCAACCCCAGACCCUCUUCUCGCCACGGACUCCCACCUCGUUUUGUCUCAUGGCCUGGAUGCUAUCGAGUUUACCUCUCCCCUUGACGACCUGCCUUCGAGCUCGGUAAUGUCAUUCCCCAUCAGCGUUCCGGUCGCGAUGCCUCGUGCGGAGAUUUGGGAUCGCAGAGUAGGCUUAGCACGCGUUUUCUUGGGGUUGCUAAGAGGGGUUGUGGGAAGGGAGGGGAAGGUGUUGUAG